CUCGAGAUGGCCGCGCCCCCCGCGCUGCGCCCGGGACAGGGCGCGCCCGAGACCCCGCACGCGCGCGGGGAGCCGUGGCCGCCGCCCGCGCCGUUGCAGCACUGGCCGGGCGGCGCUGCCGCGGAGGCGCUGGAGCAGCCCGCCCCGGCCGAGCUGCAGGAUCGGCCCGAGCGCCCGCGGUGCCGCGGGAAGCCGCCCUUCGCCUGGCAGCUGGCGCCGGACUACGAGGCGGAGUUCCUGGUCACUGGUGACGCCAGCGAGAUAGUCACCAAGGUGGGCGACUUCCGGGAGCGAGACUGGGUCGUGCCGGUGGGCAGCACGCUGCGGCUCUCGAAGGGGGGCCUCUACCGCUGGACGCUGUGCCUCGAGCGGCUCUGCCUCCGCAGGC